UGGGAAGGGCUCAGCCCCCCUUAGCGAGUGCUCCGGGACGCGUUAGCGCGCCGAGGUGCCUGGUGGGAGGCGUUUGCAGGAGGCCGGACUGCUGCUGAAACGGAGAGCUGGGUUUUGUACCCAGCAGCACCAUGCGUUUAUAACAGGCUUCCUUCCUAACGCCAGCCAGCAGUUAUUACUUCAGUAGUGCUCUCCAUCGCUUUCGUCUGGUUUAGAUAGGUCACGCCGAGUCUGUUCGGAUGUGAACGGAAGUCUCAGCUGUAGGUGAAAGGAAGAUGUGCUAAUUAUAUCCCUUACACCCAGCAGUUAGAGCUAACCGAAAGUAUUUCUCCCUGUUUGCUUCUGACAAGUUCUGCACGCCGCUAGGACGCUGCUAGGGACUGGAAAAGUGCGAGCCGCCGGUGGUGGCAGCGCUGGCAGGUGAUCUGUGGAGCUCGCUCAGGCUCCAUUGAAUGAGAAGCCAAGGCAUGUACGUGGCUGGCUGAGAGCGUUUCCGUGUGGUACUUGAUCAGCUACUAUGAGCUUGCUACAGAGCAAUAACAGUUGUGGAGCCCGAGACCUGGAAAGCGGCUGCUGUGCAGCCAUGGCCAGCGCCUGCAGCGUAGGAGCGAAAGAAGAUAGUGUAAGCGUCAGCAGCGGGACUGGAAACCCUCCAAGUUCGUUUACAGAGGAAACACAAGGAUACGAUGUGGAGUUUGAUCCGCCCUUGGAAAGUAAAUAUGAGUGUCCAAUCUGUCUGAUGGCUCUUCGGGAAGCAGUGCAGACGCCAUGUGGACACCGUUUCUGCAAAGGCUGCAUUGUCAAAUCAAUAAGAGAUGCAGGUCACAAAUGUCCAGUAGACAACGAAAUUCUGCUCGAAAAUCAACUUUUUCCUGACAACUUCGCUAAACGGGAAAUCCUUUCAUUAACGGUGAAGUGUCCCAACAAGGGCUGCUGCAUGAAGAUGGAGCUGAGGCAUUUAGAGGACCACCAGUCGCAUUGUGAUUUCUCCACUGUGGAAUGCCCGCAGUGCCAAGGAGCCUUUCAGAAGAACCAUCUGAAAGAGCACAUGACACAGGAGUGUCUGCGGCGUCAAGUCUGUUGUCCCAACUGUGCCACAUCUAUGGCUUAUGAAGAUAAAGAGCUUCAUGACCAAACCUGUCCCCUUGCCAACGUAUUUUGUGAAUAUUGCAACACAAUGCUCAUCAGACAGCAGAUGCCUAACCAUUACGAUAAUGAUUGUCCUACUGCCCCAGUACCAUGUUUUUAUAGUGCCUUUGGGUGUCCUGAAAAGAUGCAGAGGAAUGAACUGGCACGACAUAUGCAGGAGUUCACUCAGGUUCACAUGAGAAUGAUGGCUCAGAGUUUUCAAAAUAUCAGUGUUACUGCUACAAAUCCUGUACCCUUUAUCAAUGGACUACCAUUUGAGCCUGCCCUCUUCUCCCAUGUGUCACAUACCCCAUAUAAUUGUAAUCCGGAAGUUGAAAACUUCAAAGAAACUAUUCAGCAGUUGGAAGGUCGCCUGGUAAGACAAGAUCACCAAAUCAGAGAACUCAUUGCUAAAAUGGAGACUCAGAACAUUCACAUGGCAGAACUCAAACGUACCAUUCGAAAUUUGGAGGGAAAAAUUACUGAAAUGGAGGCACAGCAAUGUAAUGGUAUUUAUAUAUGGAAGAUUGAAAACUUCAGUGGACUUCAGAAAGCACAGAAAGAAGAGAGACCUGUUGUGAUGCACAGUCCUGGCUUCUAUACUGGAAAACCUGGCUACAAGCUGUGUUUGCGCUUGCAUAUCCAGUUACCAAAUGCUCAGCGUUGUGCUAAUUUUAUAUCUCUGUUUGUCCACACUAUGCAAGGAGAAUACGACAGCCAUCUGCCUUGGCCUUUCCAAGGCACUAUACGACUUUCUAUUUUGGAUCAAUCAGAAGGCCCUGAACGGCAGAAUCAUGAAGAAGUAAUGGAAGCCAAGCCAGAGUUGCUAGCCUUCCAGAGACCAACAAUUCACCGCAAUCCAAAAGGUUUUGGUUACGUGACUUUCAUGCACCUGCAGAACUUGGAGCAAAGAACCUUCGUAAAAGAUGACACCCUUCUGGUACGCUGUGAAGUUCUAACACGGCUGGAUUUGAACAGCCUUCGCAGAGAAGGAUUUCAGGCUCGCAGUACUGAUGGUGCUGUGUAACCUGUAAGUCUUAACCAGAGGAACGGAGCCCCUGGUCAUGCUCUUCCACCACAGAUUACACGCAUGCUUCAUUGUCCAAUAGGCUGAAUGUGUAAAAAAGAUCAUAGUUGCCAACAUAGUUGAUCUUCACCUGAAUCGAACUCUGUUGUUGCUACACUUUUUUUUCCUAUGAGGUAAUGUGUUCAAAUACUACUUAUUGUUCUCUAUUAAAGUAAUAAGCAACUUCUGUAGCAAGCUAACUAAAUGAAGUGUGGUUAAUCAAAACUUAACUGCCUACAAGAAAAUCCUACUGAAGUACCUAGACAUUUGUGUUUGGCCAAGCGUACGUCAUAUCAGAAAAGACCUGUAAAUCUUUGAGCCACAGUGCCUCGGAAUAGAUACUGUAGCAGGGAAAGUGCCUAAUUAAUAAAGAUGAGGAUUUGAUUGUUCUGUUUGUUUUUUUAUUAUUUACACAGAGCUUGGGGAAGCUUUGUUUUGGAGUUCAGACAGUUUCUGUAUUGGCUUAUCUAGAACUUUGAACUGGCUAUGCUUCUCUUGAAAUCUGAAGUUAGUUUAAGGCUUUGCUGACAUCACCUAGAGUGAGAUGCUUUGACCCUUCUCUGCUGAGAAGGUCAAACUUCCUGAAGUUAGCUUCAGGAAGUUGCAUGUCGAUAUAAAGUUGAUAAUAGAAUUGCUGAAAGGUGUGUGGUAGCAUUGUGAAGAAGGUUAAAUGACUAUGAGUCAAGCUCACUGAAGAAAUUUCUGAAAGUGCCCCCCCUAAUUCUCUCUAUUUUGACCAAUCUUUUUUAUAAAUGUGUGAUCCAAGCCCAGAACGUGGAUCACUGUCAGCAGAGCGGUAAAAGUGGGGCAUUAGAAUGAGAUACCUUUGUGCUGAUAGGAUCUCCUGCUAGCACUGGACGUUUUUCAGGUUGCGGGUGGAUAUGUGAGCGAAGGUGUAUAGUAACUAAACAGCGUCUUGCAGAAUUUGUUUUACUGUUGUUGAAACCUGAAUUUGUACCAAGUUUAACUUUUGAUCUGCAUCUGUUUGAGUGAUGCCUUGAUGUUCUGGGUGAUGUAUGACCUACAUCAUUUCCUCUUAAUUCUCGGUGGACAGCCGGCCAUAUCAACAUCCAGCUGUUGUGGCCAUUUCCUGUCCCAUUAGACAAUAGGAACUGGGCCACCCUCAACACUUCAGAAAGGAAGAAAAGUCUAUUAAUUAGUUUGAGGAAAAACUGCAAUCCCAUUUGCUCUCCGGAAAAAAAAAAAAAAUCUGGCUUCCUUAGCAUCUCUUUAACCAAACACUAAAUUCAAUAUUUCAAGGAUUCAUGAGCUUCCUCGUGCUGCACGUAUUAGUUUUCUAUACUGCUUGUUUGUAUGCCAUAUAAAUGUUAGUUUUGACCAGUCAAAACUGAGUAGUUAAGUUCACUGGUGCUAGUAAUUUACCAUGGUGCUGAUGAGGUUCUGAAUCUUCUCCUUUCAAAAGGGGGAAGAAGAAAAUUUUGUUCACCCUAUAACUUAAGUACACAGUCUGAUACAAAAGAAAGAACUAAGCCAUACAUAAAACUCCAUGAAAUAAUACUAUAGGAUAUUGAUAUGGGUUAAUUCUCUGCCUACCAGCAUGAGCUUAAAAUUUCCAGGACCCAACCUUACUGAUUGUUCGUCAUAUCCAGCUGAACAAAAUUUAAUUUUCAGGUAGAGCCUACUAAUUGAAGACGGACUGUAUGUAGCUGAGCAUUGUCACUACUGAAACCUGAACGUCCUGGCUCAUGGUAAACGUGAUAGUCGGGACUGACUUGGUGUGUUCUGUGAGUUCAGAGGACAGGUGAACAUAUAUUACUCGAAAACAGGAAAAGAUCCGUGCUUUAAAACUUUUAAACCUCUUAAGUAGUUUUUAGACUGAAUAGCCUCAUCCUGUUAGCUGAAUUGUUUUGAAGUGUCUCCAAUCAGAGCAGCGUUGGUAGUUAAACCAUUCUUAACGAAGAUCUUUUCAUACAUCUAACAGUGCCCAGAUCCGCUGCAUACAGAUGACAGUUCCUAACACUGUAUGCCAGUUCUCCAGUCACUUUCAGGCUAUGUUCGGUAUCCAUCCUUUUUCCAAGAUGUUCAGAGAUGGCCAUUAUCCUUUUUCUGUGUGUGUUAGGGGAGAAAGGUAGAAGAAGGGCUUGCAAUUUGAGAGCUUCUUCCUGGCACAGUUCCUUUCUCAGCCCUAGUGUUGUUAACAAAAACGACCUCAGUCUAUGUUCUAAGUGUUUAUAACCAAGACCCACUAAGUGCAUUAAUACUUCCUGUACUUUUGAAGCUUUGUAUUAUGAACCCUCAAGUACAACACGCUGAAUUUUUGCUUUGAGCCUGAUCUGCUACAUCUGACAGAGUUCUGCCUUGGGAAGAAACUCAGCUUGGUGGCAGGUUCAGGAGUUUAAAUGAUUCAGGUUAGUAUUGUACGAUAGCACAACCCAAUAGUGAAUAGAAAGCUAGUGCAUGUAUAAUUCUGUAUCAACCACAGUAAUAUGAAUGCUUUAGUCACUGCUGCUAUUCUACUGGUUUUGUAUUUUAAUAUCACCAAGUAGAACUCUGAGUGAUGCCAAAUUACUGUAAUGCCAGAGUUUUACAUGAGAAACUUUGAGAGCUAACUUGCUAAAUAUGAAUUUACUUUUUUUAAAGUUAAAUAUUUCUGUCACAUAAAUGUCAAUGAAGUGUUUAUUCAUAUAUGUUCCAGUUUCCUCAUUCUUUACCCAUCUUCCAAACUGCUGUUCACUUCAACUGCAGUUCCCAGAGCUUUCUCUUCCAAGUAAGAAUAUCAUCUUCAGCUAAUGGAAGAACUUACGAGUCUGGAUUGGUACCAUCUCAAUGUAUAGUCUUCACGACUAUUAUCUUUAAUUCAAACUUUUCUAAGCAAUUCAGUUUCUAUGUAAAAAUAGGUUUGUGUGAAACAGCAUCUUGCCCCCUUCUUACAGAAUUUUUUUUUUGAGAAAUCAUUAUACCAUGGUGGAUUGAGGUAUAAUUAGGAGAACUCCUCAAUGGAAGCAGAAUGGUAUGCAGCCUUGAUAGUUGUCUCUAAAACAAACAUGAAGUAAUACAAGGAUUUAAUCAGUUUCAUGUAUAAUUUCUUCAGGAAUGAUGUUCUCUAGGUCUGUCACUCAUGAUGCUUUGCAGCAUUGUUAGAUCUCAAGAUGUUUUAGUAAGUGGCUUAGCUUAUCUUCCAAAUUUGUUGUCUUGAACGUGUUAAAAGUCAGAUACUCUUAGUAUAUGUAUUUGCACAGCUGCUAUGGCACAUAUUUUCCAAUUAUAAUAUAUUGCAAAUGUGUUUUCUUUUUGCCUUUGAAUGUCUUCCCCUGCAGGGCAGGGAAAAUUAUUUUACUAAAAAUGUUGGUAUGUAAUGUAUAUGUGGGAGCUCAGAUAAUGUGAGAUAUAUAGACUUGUUUUUUUAACUGGUCUCAUGAUAUGCCUGGUCAUGUUUGCUGUCAAGGGAUUAGACUUGCUAAUGAAAUAAAAUCAGGGUGGCCUUUCUGUUCUUAUUUAGAGACACUUUCUUAUCAACUAGAUGAUGAUGGAUGCAAAAGAUUAUUCUGGGGUCAGUGUUAAAGGUUUGUAUUGGUUUGCAUUUGAACAGAAUGAAAGUACUCCUGUUCCUUUCGAAGUAUCAAUAGAUUGUUUAAUAUAUUUUGUAAUUAAUGCACAGCUAUAUUUCUGACAGGAUUUUAAAAAAAUAAAGUAAUUAAACUGUGCAGUGUAUCUUGCAUCUUUAUUCAGAUGGAGGGCUGCUUAAAAAGAUGAACGGAUAAAGGAUUUGCUCUCUGUCUUGUGGAUUUCAGAGGUGGCUGGUUUAUAAUUGAGGGUGAUCGUGUAUCAUAGAGCGGUCAAACACUAAAACUGAAAAGAGUAUUUCAAGAUUAAAAGAUUUCUGUAAUUUAUAAAGGGUAGUGAUAGCUUUAGUCAUUACUAGAAGAUACAGCUAGUGCAAGUCAUUACUAGAAGACAGAGAUCGUGUAAUUGAUAGUAAACUGUUUGUGUGAUCAUCCUGUAAUUUAAGAUGCAGCUCUGAAAAAUAAUUAACAUUAUCACCUGUGGCCACAUCCUGCUUGCUUGUUAUGUUAGUAGCAAAGACAAUGAUUUGAAGCUUUGUUGCAAGAUGCUCAGAAGUCAAAGGGAGUUUCUCUGUCAGUAAGAGAAAUAAAUGCUUGUUUUGUGGCAAUCUGCUAAUUUAUUUCACCUGCAACAUUCUUCUGGACUUGUCUUUUUAACAGCAGCUGCAGGUAGGAGAAACUUGAUCUCAGGCUCCAUGCCCUUCGGAGUGUAUAAUUUUCUAGACUCAAAUUCCUCUGAGGAAAUGUGGUGGUAUUUACUAGAGAUAAUGUCUAAUACAGGGCAGUUAAGUAUGAUUUAUAUUUCAGUCUGGAUGAAAUAAGGAUGAUGGCUGGUGAGUUAUGCCUCUUGCACCUUUUGGCUCAAAAGAGAAAGAA